GCCUAGUUAUAAAUGAUGUUCCCUCGCAACAUUAUAAGUACUCCUCAUACUUGAAUCCAUCAGCUACACAUAAACAUACGUUCUUCCUCGUAUCAUAUAGAGUGCUAUUCACGAGUAGUAUAACAGAGAUGAGUAAAGAAAUUCAGAAUCGAGAAGUGGAGAAGAUGUUAGAUGGAAAAUCAUCGUCAUCGUCAUCAUCAUUAUCAUCACCAAAACAUGAGAUGCCAUUGUUGGCUCUAAAUCAUGUUUCCUACGUUUGCAAAUCGCUAGCCACUUCUGUCAAAUUUUACGAGGAUGUGCUGGGAUUUGUUCUUGUCAAGCGCCCAUCUUCCUUCGACUUUGAAGGUGCAUGGCUAUUCAACCAUGGAAUUGGCAUACAUUUGCUAGAAGUGAAAAAUGCAGCAACAAGAAAAGGCCAGAAGAUAAAUCCCAAAGACAACCACAUUUCCUUCCAGUGCACAAACAUGGACCUCAUCAUCCGCCAAUUGCAGACCAUGAACAUUGAAUACGUGACAGCAGUGGUGUCCGAAGGCGGGGUCAUGGUGGAUCAGCUGUUCUUUCAUGAUCCAGAUGGUUACAUGAUUGAAAUUUGCAAUUGCCAGAACCUUCCUAUCCUCCCUCUCUCAGGCCCUGCUUCAUGCCCUGUUGCAAAGUCAAGUACUCCUAACAAAAAUAUGCCGAAUUGUGGAAAGAUGUGUUCAGAGGGGAAGAUGUGCAGGGAAGUCGAGGCGUUGAUGAUGGAUAACUUGGUUGUGGGGAUGAUGGAUCUUUACUUCUGAGAUGUUAUUGAGCAUUUUAUAUGCUUGAAGAGUUAAAUCCUGUAGUUAAUUUGAUCAACGAGUCUAUGAUGAAUAUGCGAGAGUUAUGAAAUUGUAAGAUUGUUUAUUGUUCAUGUAUAUAUGAAAUAAUAUUAGUGGAGAGAAUUCCUGUAUAAAUUUUUGUACUUUGCAGAUUCAAA